AUUGAAUCAACCCGGCACUAAAUGACAUGCGCUAAAUUCUAUCGUUUCAUUCGGCUGCAUUUAAAAAAAGAGAGAUGGCAAUAGAACGCUCAUAGAAAAUAAAAUAAUUAGUUUUAUGUACAUUCGUCAUUCGUAAAGCAACUGUUAUAUAUUUCAAGGCAACUCUGUUUGUGGUUGAUCUGUGUCGUCAGCUCCAUCUUAAGAGUCACGUUUACUAGACCCUAACGUUCAAAAAACAACCGAAAAUGGUUCAUCAAAUCAAAGAUAAAGAAGAUUUGGAUUCCAAAUUCGCAGAAGCUGGUGGAAAUUUGGUCGUCUUAGAUUUUUCUGCGGCAUGGUGCGGCCCUUGUAAAAUGAUCGCUCCGAAAUUAGAUGAUUUGGUUAAAGAAUUUCCUAAUGUACUGAUUCUUAAGAUUGACGUAGAUGAAUGUGAAGAAAUAGCUAUGGAAUACGGGAUCAAAUCAAUGCCAACAUUCAUUUUCCUCAAAAACGGACAAGAAAUCACCCAGUUCAGCGGAGCCAACUACGAAAAGCUAAAGGAAACCAUUGAAGCAAACAAGUAAUGAAGAUAUUCAUACUCAACCUGAAUAUUUUUUUAAUAAAUUAUUUAAAUAAAAAUACAUAUUGCAUAGAUAUUUUAUUUUGUACUUGUUGAACAUAAUUUUUUGAAAGAUUUUUAAUAGUAUUGCCUGUUUACAGUUAUAUAAAUUUUUCGUAUUAUUUCUGUAUGAUUAUACAAAGUCGUCAUUGAAUUUGUUGAAAAUAUGUCAACUAUUGCACAUGUAGACUUAAUAAAAGAUGUUGCUACA